AUGAACCCCCAGGAGCAGACGUUCAUGUGCACUGCUAAAGAGUGUACAAAAAUCUUCACUUCUAUCGAUGAUUGGCGCAUGCACGUGGGAGAAUAUUCGUUCGAAAAAGGACACAUCUGUCUCUACGACGACUGCGGUGAACUCAUCCCAACUGCGCCCGACGAGUUGCGUGCCCAUCAGUGUCAUCUCUAUCUGGACCAUAAAGUCAAUUAUAACGACACGGAAGAGCUGGCAGAAUCAUUUAUCGAGAAGAACUUCUAUUCUGUGGAGGAGGGAAGGAUCUGGUGCUCUGCAUGUCGCAGAAUGUUGGAAUUGGACAACCGUGAGGAGGCCCUUCAACAUUUCGAACGGCAUGUCAGUGAUAGGUCUCAAAUCGAGAUUCCUGGACAAACAAAAUACCCGAAAACCGACCAAAUGAGGAAGGAAAUGCCUGGAGCAUCGGCAAGGCUGGCGAACGAAGGCGAAGGGAAUGUUGUCGACCUUUCUCAGCGUGGAACCUUCGCGUGGAUUGACUCCGCUUAG